GUUUUAACCACAUUUAAGUAUUGCUUGAAUUAUUUCCAGUCGAAAAUCGUUGCUUUUACAUGCUGAAGAUUAAUAUUUUUACAGUCUGGCGAUAGGUGAUGAUUUACUACAUCGACACGUCGCCGACCUCGUGUAAAAUGCGAUCAAAAUAAGCCUUUCAAGUGCUUUUUUUAUAGUCUACUGAGCAUAAAUCAUUCUCUUGUACAAAUUGUACAUAUUUCAAAUUAUUUUCGAAGUGGCAUUUCGAACUUAAGAGGACGCUGAAUGAACACUGGAGAUUGAACUGAUAGCCGACAGUAGGUCAAAGUUGUCUUUUUUUUUAAUAAAGUAUUCGACAAAGUGUAAUUUUUAAGACGCCACGAGGUUCUUAUAUGAUUAUGAUAUGUAUUUAAACAACUAUUGCAUCACAAUUGCUCACAUGUCAAUAUGGCGAUAACGUGGUGCUCAUCUGAAGGCGGUUUCAAAAUUCACGAUAAUAACAAACUCAGUGGUUGUUUUGUCAACACAUUACUGUUUUUGCCAACGGCUAUUGUUGUGCUUGUAAUACUUCCAGUUUUAACUGUAUUGCUGCGAAGACAGUGGAAGAUUUUCGGUCAGUCUUGCAUACGAUUUAAAAAUCAUUCGUGGAGAUGGAUACUGACUUUACUUCUUGUAUUAUCGUUCGUUGCCAAAAUUGGAGAGGGGUUUAUGUAUCAACAAAGAAUUUCAACAACUCCACUUCAUUUGUACAUACCUCACAUAUUCUCCGUUUUUUCCCUCGUUGUUGUGACAAUAUAUUAUGAUGUGAUAGAAGUCAGUAAGACUUUCGCCAUUAAAAAACUCUCCCUUAUUUUCGUCUAUUGGUUGAGCGGCGUUAUAGUUUGGCUCGUAAAGUUCGUGCAACUUUACCAAGUCGACGGACCGUAUGACUUACGACUGUAUACAAGUAUCGCCAUACUUGUUUUUUACAUUUUGCUGCUAAUUUUAGAAAAGCGGGUUAUUUUCUCACAUUUUCCCCAAAGAACCAUCACUUCUUUAUGGAAAAGAGCAAAUGAAAGCGAAGCCGAACAUGACGAGUGUCAGGAAUUUUCGGAAGGAAAAAUUAAAUUCGUGCAUAAUUUUUCCAAUUUUUUGUCAAGAUGCACUUUUUCGUGGUUUUUCGACACCUUGAAACUUGGAAGCAAGCGCCCUCUUGAAAUGGAAGAUCUUGGAAAUCUGCCUUUUGAAGAUAAAGCUGAUGCGAAUCACAAAAAAUUUGCUAAAUUUUGGGAAGAAGAGAAGAGUCGAGCGAUCGAGAAAAAAACCUCUCCAUCUUUAUGGAGAACAUUUUUCGUUGCAUAUCGAAGACUUAUACUAACUGCAGCAUCAUGUAAACUUGCAAGUGAUCUGCUUAGCUUUAUAGGACCUUUAUGUCUUAAACAAAUUGUGCGUUUUGUUGAAGACUCUUUGAAGUCCAACAGUGAUGAAGUGAAACCAAAAUCUGAACAUGAUGUGUAUAUGUCUUCAUCAGAUUUCUUUGGAAAUGGCUAUGUAUUGUCAGUUGUCAUUUUGCUUGGUACUAUCGCAUCUAGCACAUUCAGUCAGCAAUAUUAUUACUAUGCACUGAAGUUCUCAAUGAAUUUGCGGGCUUCAUUACAGGUUUUGAUAUACAAUAAAGCUCUAAAUCUUUCAAGCUUUACCAUAUCUGGAGGCAAAAUGGAUUCUGGACAGAUUGUCAAUCACAUAUCAACUGAUGCACAAAAUAUAACCAUGUCAGUCACAUUCUUGCAUAAUGCAUGGUCGGCCCCUCUCAUGUUGCUGCUUGCCUUAGCUAUGAUUGUGAAUGAGCUAGGAAUAGCAGCUGUUUUUGGUUUUCUCGUACUUUUGAUUUUGGUUCCUGUGAAUUAUUACUUGGCAACAAAGAUGGGCAUUUAUCAAAAGAAAGGUUUAGGUGUUAGUGAUGAACGGCUAAAAAACACAAACGAAAUGUUACAAGGGAUUAAGCUGUUGAAGCUGUAUGCUUGGGAGGGAUGGUUUUGUGAUCUUAUUGAAGACAUACGAACACGUGAAAUGUCUGUUAAAGUAAAACUGCCCUUUACUGGUGAGGAGCUCACUGCAUCCAAGGCCUUUGCAUCUUUGGCGCUCAUCAAUCUUAUGAAGCUUCCGUUAUUUAUACUUCCGUUGAUGGUUCGUACUGUUGUUAACGCUCGCGUAAGCACUAAACGUCUCCUGCCUUAUCUUAUUGCUGCUGAGGUCAGUCACUUAAGGGACGAAGCACCUGUCUGCGCUAUACAAGAUGAUACUGACGGACUGGGCCCUAAUGAUUUUAAAAUGACGCCGUUAAAGAAGAACAUAACAAGGGUUGAUCCUGUUCUUUCUCCCGGCAGCCCAACCAUUGAGGUCAAAGUUAGGUUUCCUAACCAUCUCCCUACAUUGGAUCAUGAAUCUGUGAUGGAUGAUUCAUCAGAAGAUGAUUCAUCAGAAGACAAAACUUCCCCUGAUUUUUGCAUCUCGCCGAGUAUUGGCGUUGCUAUUAACCACGCAAGUUUUACAUGGGAUCCCGAGGCAAAGCAGCCAACUGUUAAAGAUGUCGACGUGAAUGUACCAAAAGGAAAGUUGACGAUGAUCGUUGGACCUGUUGGUAGUGGAAAAUCAUCACUAGUGCAUGCAUUGCUCGGUGAGAUGACAUUACUUGAUGGACAAGUGUUAUGGGCGAAUGACGUAACGGUUGCUUAUGCUGCUCAGAAGGCGUGGCUGCUGAACAAUACGGUGAAAAAUAACAUAUUGUUUGGUCAGCCGUACAUCCGUGAACGAUACGAGACCGUGUUGCAAGCAUGCGUAUUGCAAAGUGAUUUGGCUGUUCUUCCCGCUGGCGAUGAAACAGAAAUUGGUGAAAAAGGUAUAAAUCUAAGUGGAGGUCAGAAACAACGAAUCAGUAUCGCACGAGCAGUUUAUUCCGGCGCGAUUUUCAUGUUUGAUGAUCCUUUGUCUGCGUUAGAUGCGCACGUGGCUCAACACGUGUUUGAGCAAGCGAUAAUGAAAAUGCUUGUCCAGCGGGGUUGUACAGUAGUUUUGGUGACACAUCAACUUCAGUACCUCUCCAGGGCUGAUAACGUAAUUGUGAUGAAAGAUGGCCGAGCUGUUAUUUGUAGUAGCUUCAGAAAUGUGGAAAAAACAAAUUCGGAAAACGUGAAAAGCGCUUUGACUCUAACAAGACAACAGUCAGUUACAAUUGAAAAUCAGUUACAUGAAGUAGAAGAGUCGGACGUGCACAAAGAGCGAUAUCAUACCUUUGCAGAUGAAAUCGAGGAAGCUGGUGAAGACGAUGAAGAUAUGGGCGAGAAAGGCAAGCUUAUUACGAAGGAAGAGCGAGAGAAAGGCGCCGUCGCUUUGCGAGUUUAUGUUCGUUACAUCAAAGCUUGUGGGCCUUUAUUUUUUCUUUUAUCGAUGUUUCUAGCUGUUGUGUCUCGCGGAUCAAUUGUUGGCGCGGAUUGGUGGGUUUCUAUUUGGUCAUCAGACAAAGCAAGUGGCAACAAAACUGCCAAUCGCGAUGUUAGUUACUAUUUAAAUGGUUACGCUAUGAUAUCCAUCUCGGCUGUUGUCAUCACCUUUUUCAAAUCAAUCUCCAUUGCUCUGUGCUGUCUUCGCGGCGCUAAACUUUUACAUAUACGCAUGCUCAGACGUGUCAUCCAAUCACCAAUGAGGUUUUUCGAUACCACUCCCAUCGGCCGAAUAUUGAACAGGAUGUCUUCGGAUACUACCGCCAUUGAUAGUGUGCUUCCUAUGGUUGUUCAGAAUAUGAUCCAUACCUGCUUGAGCGCGCUGUCUGCUUUAAUCGUUCAGGCUGCCGUAACUCCUUUUUUUCUUCUUGUUGUCCUGCCGUUCUGUGUGGUGUAUUAUUUUCUUCAGCGUUUUAUCAGACGCAGCACUCGUGAACUUCAACGUCUCGACAGUAUUAGUAAAUCUCCAGUUUAUGCUCAACUUUCCGAGAGUUUGGGGGGCCUGGCCACGAUUCGCGCCUAUCGUUCCCAGGAGCGAUUUCAAAUGCAAAUUAUGAAUUUCAUCGACAAGAACAACGCGGCCUUUAUCUUUACCCAGGUCGCCCAUCGUUGGUUAGGCUUAAGACUUGACUAUGGUGGCGCCAUACUUGUGUUUCUUGCCGCCAUCUCCUCGGUAACUGCUGCUCUAUCCGGCACCAUAAAGCCAGGUUUGGUUGGUUUAGCCCUCACCUACGCCCUGGCAGUCGCGCAAGUCUUUAACUGGGUUGUGCGCAUGGCAACUGAAGUGGAAAUGAAUAUGAACGCUGUGGAGCGAGUUGAUCAUUAUUCCACGAUAGAGAACGAACCCUCUCCGAAGGACUCCGAUGUUUCUCCAUCUGAAGCUUGGCCCGAGAAAGGUGAAAUCAGUUUCAAAAAUGUGACUUUAUCUUAUGCUCAUGACUUAUCACCAGUCGUUAGAGAUGUUACUGUUAACUUAAAGGCUGGUGAAAAGAUUGGCGUCUGCGGUCGUACGGGCAGCGGAAAGUCCACGAUCACGUUAGGUUUAUUUCGAUUGCUGGAGCAUUUCGAAGGUCAAAUUGUUAUCGAUGGAAUUGAUAUAUCUAGAAUGUCCUUGCGUACCCUGCGAUCUCGAAUGGCUAUUAUCCCUCAAGAUCCCAUCUUGUUCCAGGGCACGGUGAGGUUUAAUUUAGAUCCACGUGGCGUCCAUGCAGACGACGCAUUAUGGCACGUGCUCGAAGUUGCGCAGCUCAAGAAUACGAUCUCCGGUUUAACUGGAGGACUUGCAGGAGUUAUCGUCGAAGGUGGUGAGAAUUUAAGUGUUGGUCAACGUCAAUUGUUCUGCUUGGCACGUGCGUUGCUCGUGAAAUCUCGCAUACUUGUGAUGGAUGAAGCGACCGCAAACGUGGAUGUGGAGACGGAUAAAUUAAUACAGGGAGUUGUACGUACUGCUUUUAAGGAUUUUACCAUACUUACUAUUGCCCAUAGAAUUGAUACAAUAUUGGAUUCGGAUCGAAUUAUGGUUUUGGAUCAAGGUAAUCUUAUUGAAUGGGAUUCACCCCAAAGACUUCUCGAAGACGAAAACAGUGUUUUUUCAUCUCUUGUUAAAGCUCAUAAGUGAAAAAAAACCCUUUUAUCCGGGAUGGAUUUUGUGUACUAUACGUAGAUUAUUUAAAAUCUAACCAUCCAACUCUUCAUGUAAUAUUUAUAAAAUAACCAAAUUUAUGAAUAAUUAGGGGUUUAGCGUUCGGUAUUAGAAAUUGUUGUAAGUAAUUUUAAUCCAAAAUACCUUCAAACCUUUGUAAAAAUACACUUGAAUACGAAUUUUAAAAAUCUUCAAUUAUCGCCAA